AUGAAAAAAAGAAGACUUAAAAGAAGGACAGUUAAAGAAAACCAACAUAAAAAAUGGAUGUUCCAUUCUAAGCGUCACCCUAAACCACGGUUUCUCUUGGGUCUACUUUCCCUAAAGAUCCUUUUCCGUAGUUACUGUUCCAUUCCUGGUAUACAAGUUGCUGACAAGCCAAAGAGAACAGAUGAAUUUGUAUAUCGUUUUUGGUCACUUCUCUUUUUUGUCUCUUACCUUAUUCAUAAAGAACAUAUUCUUUGUUGUGGGAGAAUUCAGUUUUUGAAUGGGAUAUGGUGUAUGCAGAAAAAGGAAACACUUAGAUUGAAAGUGAAAGAUCGGGAGAAGGGAGCGUGCAAAAUCGUUGUUUACGUGGUUCAUGUUGGGUGA